AUGGGCUACGAAGAAGGAGAAGGUUACGAGAAUGGUCAAGAGGACGGUAAUGACUAUGAUCCCGACAACGACCAUGGCUAUGAUCCCGAUUAUCCAUCCCACGGAUACGGCGGUCAAGGACAUGACAUGCCUGGAGCCGACGGAUAUGGAGGCCAUGGUGGUGAAGGGCAAUAUGACGACGGUAGCGGCACUGGCACUGGCUUUGGUUAUGAUCACGGCGGCCUCGGGCACGGUCACCAUCACGGUCAGGAUCAGGAUCAGUACCAGUACCAGCCAGAUGAUGGGCAUUAUUCGCAACACCAAAUGUACGGGUGA